AUGGUUGCCGAGCAGUUCGCUAUAACAGAGGUGUCCGGAUCCGAGGCGAGAAAGAGAGAGAUCGGGUAUUCUUAUAGCGGAUGGCUGGUUCCAACUUCAACGGUUCAAGAAGCUAACACUGAUGCGAGUUGGUCGGCUACCAGUCGAAGUCUCACGGGUCAAUGGACAACUCCACGAGACAAUUUUAGAUGUGGAGGUUCUCUAGAACUAAGAACUCAGAAGCCCGCUAUCGUCCUCGAUAAAAAAAAAGAAGCAAUGAACGACGAAUUGGCUCGCGAAUCCCUUCCCAAGGUGGGAAUGUCAGGGGAUGAUAAGACAGGCCAGCAAGAUCAAGAAGUCAGUUAUGAUGCCGUCUUUGGUGAUAUCAAUGAGGAUGGGCCAAAUUAUCGAGCGGUUGGACGGCUGGGUACCACUGCCCUAAUGCUCAAGACCAAUCUCGGUCUGGGUGUACUUUCCAUCCCAGCUAUCUUCGAUACGCUCGGUAUGGUUCCUGGUGUCAUCUGUAUUAUCAUCACGGCCACUAUUACUGGGUGGUCACAGUACAUGAUUGGAGUAUUCAAGCGAAAGCAUCCUGAAGUCUACGGUGUUGAGGAUGUUGGUGGCAUGCUUUUUGGAACUGCUGCUCGCGAGAUUGUUGGUAUUGCCUUCUUCGUUUUCUUGAUCUUCGUCUCUGCUUCGGGCAUGCUCAGUGUCUCGAUCGCUUUAAACGCCUUAUCGACCCAUGCUACUUGCACCGCAGUGUUUGUGGCUGUCGCUGCCAUAAUCGCCUUCUGUUUUGCCAGUAUUCAGACCCUCGGUCGUAUCACUUGGCUCGCAUGGAUCGGAGUAGCUGGAAUUAUUACUGCCAUUCUUACUCUUACAAUCGCUGUGGGUGUACAAGGAAAGCCCGAAGACGCCCCUAUUCAGUCAGGCCCUUAUAAGUCCGACUUUAAGCUUUUUGGCUCCCCAUCGUUCACCGAUGCUAUCUCCGCCUGCUCUUCGCUUGUUUUUGCCUUCGCUGGAACACCCGGGUAUUUCAAUAUCAUUUCGGAGAUGCGCGAUCCAAGGGGCUAUUCUCGUUCAGUGUUUAUCAGUCAGGGCUUUAUCACGGCAGUCUACAUUGCAAUCGGUAUCGUCGUCUACUACUUUUGCGGAUCAUACGUCGCAUCACCCGCCCUCGGCUCCGCAGGUGAUACUAUGAAAAAGGUCUGUUACGGCCUUGCUCUUCCGGGUCUCCUGGUUAGCACCAUUUUGAUCUCUCAUCUUCCAUCCAAAUUCCUCUUCCUACGUCUUCUCCGUGGAUCGAAGCAUCUUACCUCCAACUCCAAGACUCAUUGGGCCGUUUGGCUCAGCUGUACUGCGACAGUCAUCAUCUGCGCCUACGUCAUUGCGAGCGCGAUUCCCAUCUUCGGCGGUCUAAUUUCCCUCAUCGGUGCUUUAUUCGGUACCUUUUUCAAUUUUCAACCGUUUGGCCUCAUGUGGCUUUACGACAACUGGAGUUUGGGCAAGACUCAGAGAUCAUCCAGGUGGAUCUUCAUGGCGUCCUGGAGUAUUUUUGUCAUUGUUAUCGGUUCUUUCUUGAUGGUUGCUGGUACCUACGGGUCGAUCGUUGCUAUCAUUGAUUCAUACCAUGCCGCGGGAGGGUCGAAACCGUUUACGUGCGCGGAUAACUCGAAUUCUGUUCGAGACUGA